AUGCCACCUCGAAGAAGAGAUAACUCGCGGGACUCAUAUCGGCGCCGAGAUCGUCGAGAUGACAGGAGGGACGAUCGGAGAGGUGAUAGGGACGAUCGAAGAGGUGAUAGAGACGAUCGAAGAGGUGAUAGAGACGAUCUCCGAGACGACAGACGAGACAGAGACAGAGGAGGCGACAGAGACAGAGACGACCGAAGAGGAGGAAGACGAUACAGAGACCGCAGUGACCGAAACGACAGUCUAGACCGCGAUCGAAAUGCGCGACGCAAUCGCGAACGAGACAACCGGGAUCGAGAACGCGAGUCUCGUAACAGAGACCGAGAAAGACGGCCUCGAUGGGACGUCAGGGAGAAGUCGCCUGUUCAAAAGCGCCAUGCUCGGGAGUUCAGUGAUGACGAUUCGGACGAGGAGGAGGAGAAGAAGGACGUGCCCAACUUUGAGUCGGGCGUCUUGAGUGGAGGAGGACAAGACAAGAAGAAGGACGAGCUUGCAUCAGUGGAAGUCAGGGAUAUCACAUACUCGGAGCCCGUGGAUGCUGGAGAGCCGCCACAGAGCAACCCGUUCAAUCUGUUUCUGUUUGAGCCUGGCCAGGACGACCCGAUCGAGAAGCUGGUGCUCGACAAACGGGGCUUCUAUCGGUUUGGAAGAGACUCGCAGCUCAACGACGUGCCUCUCCAUGAACUGUCGUGCUCAAAGGUGCAUGCUGCUUUGCAGUUUCGCAAAAUUGAAAACGUGAAUGACGAGGGUGAAACGUCGUUCCAGACGAACCUCUACGUCAUUGAUCUCGACAGCACUAACGGCACCUUCAUCAACGAUAAACAGAUUCCCACCAGCCGCUAUGUCCAGGUGCUGCCAAAAGACGUGCUUAGUUUCGGAGACCUGAGCACGGAUUAUGUUGUUGUUAGAGAGGAUGAAAAGAAGGAGCAACAGGGUUAA